AUGUCAUGGCAGGGUUAUUACGAAGAUGGUUGGAAGUCCGCCAAUCCGCAGAGAUGGAAGAACAAGGACAAGAAGCAGCCCAAGAAGAAGGACGAAGGAUUCCUGAUCUACGGUUACGAUGGCAAAAAAGUCAAAGUCGACGAGCCAGUUUCCAAAGGGCAAUCAUCGCAAUCAUCCUUGGAGUCAUCCUUGCGGGAGGAGAAUACCAAGCUCAAGAGGGCCAUGCAAUUUGUCAUGGAAAAGAUCUCCGAGAAGGACAAGGUGCCAGAAGAGUAUACCGAGCUUGUCAAGAUCAGCCCUCGAGAACUCUUGAAGCAGAAGCAAAGAGAGUUGAACGAAGAGCGAAAGAGCCUCAACCGCUUGUCCAAGGCAAAGGAGAACCUAGAGAAGGAAGAAUCGAGGUGGGAGUCAUGGAAGGAGCGUAUGGACCGUGGCUUUUUGCAGGAACAGAAGAGGCAUGCAGAGGCCCUGGCAGGCCUGAAAGAAGAGAUCAAGAAUAUCGAGCAAGAGGGAGACGACGAAGCGACUAUGGUCUCAGACUCAGACGACGAUUCGAAGGCUACCAUCAAGAAGCAGUUCAAGGAGAUCCAAGAAGGCCUUGUUGGCCUGACGGCCUAUACAGCAGAAUUGGAAGCAAAGAAUGUCGAAGAGGCGAAGGAGGAGGAUCCUUUCAAGAACCUCAAGAGCACCAUUGCUCCGCUCCCAGAGACAUGUCAGGCAAUUGUCUUGAAUACGAUCAAUGCCAAUAUCAAGGACUACCCUUCGAAAGCCGAGGUCAACAGAUUGAUCAAGGAUGUGAUGGUUGCCAAUGGCCUCAACCCGCAGAUGCCUGGUAUGGAGGAGCUGCAAGACAUAUAUGGCAAGUCUCCCAGCAGACCGCGAGCUCUUUGCCCUUUUGGUGCGAGGGCUGGCCCCUACGAGAAACAGGAGAAGCCUUUGAGUCCUCUCCAUGGCGGAAAGCAGGUGCAGAACUUGUUCAAAAGAGUGCUCUUUUUCCGGAUCCUUCAUCGGAUGAGCAAUCUCUUUACGGGGAUUUCUUCGAUGGUCAAUAUGCCUCUCGGCCUUGUGGGCAUAAUGCCGUUUCUGCAGAUGGGCGACUCUGCGAAGAAGGCUUUCGGUUGGAGCGGUAUGAAGAGAAUUUUUGUGCUGCUGAAGUUCUUACAACGAGCACUGCAGGAGCGAAUGACAACCAUUCUAUCUCUUCAUCGCGCUGCCAGCCUGCUCCGAGCAGUGACCUUGCUGUUCGUCGAGCUGACCAACCACGUUUUGAGGAACUCCGUUGCACAAGCCAAGAGUUUUCUGAUAGUGGAGACAACGAAAGUGAUACUAUCGAAUCUGACAUUGGUGAAGCGGAUGGUGAUCUUGUUGGCUUUGUUGAACUUGCUUCUUAUCGGAGCCGAUUUGAAGGUGCGAUACCAUACGCACCCUCCACCCCCUUUCCGUUUUGUUCCAAUGCCAAAAAUUGUGUCUCAUGGUUUGCCGAAGCGCCAGUUCGAUGUGGACGGCAUUGGAGGGUGA